UGGCCCAGGCUCGUCGCGUCCCCUGUCUCCUUCUGCGCUCCGUCUCUGUCUGUCUUUCUAUCUCUCUCGUCCGCUCUACUCUUUACCACCUUCUCGCCCGUCUAACUUUCUGCCCACUCUCCUCUUAUAGUGCCCAGGAUUGCGCCGUCACCGAUCGUGGUUUAUGUCCGAUCUGCUCGAAGCUGUCCAAAGUCACCUCUCCCACGUGUACACCCACCCCUCUCACCUCUCUCUCUCUACGCCGCUCUAUUCGGGCCAUACCCCUCUUGCGCCAGGUCUCUGUCUUCUGCGCCACCCCUUUGUCUCAACUCUCGUCAUCGGCUGUCCCACUCUUCUCUGCCCUCUUGCGAUCGCAAGCGCUGUCGCCAGCACGCAAGUGCGCGGCGCGGCUGCGCGUACUCACCCCUCCGGCCCACGCUGUCUCGCUCUCCUCACCCGGCAGUCUCUCAAUCAGAUGUCAGUGGGCCUCCGCAUGCUGUGCAUCGCCUGAAGGCAGCCGAGAGUCUCCGCGAGUCCCCAGCGUCGCCAUUGACGCCUGGUUGCACACGCGUGGCGCCCUCGUUCGCCG